AUGAGGCCGAGCAUAGUGUUUGGUCUUGCUCUUAUGAGCAAGGCCAUUGCUGGAGAGAAAGGUUCUGGCUUUGGAAAACGACCAGCCCCCUGGAUUGUGUAUGAUGUGCCGGGGGACUUUGCAGAUCCCAAAGGUCUAGCCAGACCUUACUUUCGAUACUGGGUUCCAGAUGCGGAUGUUGAGGACAGCACUUUAUUUAAUGACUUGCAACAGAUCAAACAAGCUGGCUUCGGCGGCGCUGAAAUCAUCUGCCUCGAAAAUUAUGGCAUCGAAGACGCUGUGGUUGAUCCAGCCCUCUACGGCUAUGGAGGAGAUAGAUGGAGGGACAGAUUCAACACCAUGCUUCGUGCUGCAGACGAACUUGACUUGCUCAUUGACUUGGCUCUAGGCCCAACUCAGGGAGCCUCCAUACCUAUCUUGGAUCCCGAUUCUCCUGGAAUGAACACAGAGCUGGCUUACGGCAGCGCCAAUUUGACUUCGGGCCAAGUUUUCAACGGAGAGAUACCACCACCAGGUCAGACUAAUCCAGGCUACGCAAACGCUCCAGAUUUUCACGCGCCGUUCACGAAUUUUACGAAUAAGUUUGUGGCUGCUGUUGUGGCGAGAAAGAGCAAGAUUCCAUCUACAGACCCUCGAGUGAUUCAACUCGACUAUGAUAGUGUCGUAGAUGUCACACAUUUGGUCAAGGACAGUCAGCUGCGCUACAAGGCUCCAGCCGAUGGAAAUGAUUAUGUGCUUUUCACCUUCUAUCAACGUCGCACUGGCUAUCUUGCAGCUCAGGGGGCUUUUGACAAUGCCACAAAUCCAGAUAACCCAGCCUCCUGGUUUGCCUAUGUUGUGGACCACUACAGCCAAGAAGGAACUGACCUGUGGACCGACUUUACGGAGAAAUAUGUGAUGGACGGUGAGAAUGGCGACCUAAUACGCCAGCUCGGCCACUACGCAUGGGAAGACUCAGCGGAAUUUCGAGCGACUCUCUUUUGGACAGAUGAGCUGAGAUCUUUCUUUCGUCAAUCACGAGGUUACGACAUAACCAAGGCACUGCCAGCACUUUUUGGUACUACGGGAUUGCCACCCAGCACACUUGCCAAUUCUUUUUUCUACUUUGCUUUCAAUGAUCAUGAAAAUGGCACCGACAUCAGCUGGAAGCUCCGGAAUGACUUCUAUCAAUGCUUACAAGAGAUGUACGAGAAGUAUCAUCUAACCGGGCUUUCCGAAUGGACUAGCAAAUGGGAUAUGCAAGGCAGUCUUCAGCCAUACGCGACAGCUCCAAAUCUAGCUCCUCCGUGGGACAUGGUCUCUGCAGCUGCUUAUAUCGACGCUCCGGAGACCGAGUCUAACUACUUCGAUGGAGUUAUCGAUGCUUUUCGCGCAAUGGGAGGUGGCGCUAUGCUCGGGAACAAGCAAAUCUUUUCUAGUGAACUUGGUGCUCAUCGGUACGAGGCAUAUGCUAUUACAUGGCCUGUCAUCCUCAAUGACUGUAAGAUCAAUUAUGUGGGUGGAGUGAAUCGCAUUGUCGCCCAUGGGUACCCUUAUUCUGGGAUUCGACCAGAGAUUGAAUGGCCGGGCUUGACGACAUUUGAAUGGACGUAUUCGGCAAUGCAUGGAGCGAGACAACCGAGCUGGGCAUAUGUGAAGGAGAUGGGUGAUUGGAUCGGGAGGACGCAGUUGAUUCUACAGACAGGCGUGCCUCGUGUGGACGUCGGCAUUUAUCGACACAAAUAUCUGUCGGUUGAUAUCAAGCACUAUGGUAUGGGCGAGAACAUCUUCUGGGAUCAUUCGCUUGAGAAUAAUGGGUACUCCUACGUCUCCGUUAGUCCGUCACUGCUUAAAUUCGACAACGCUGUUAUUACCAAUGGCUUGCUGGCUGAAAAUGGUCCUGGAUUUUCUGCUUUUAUUGUCGACAACUCUACAAACGUCACCGUUGAAGCAGCCACCAGAUUCCUCGAGUGGGCUGAACAAGAUUUCCCAAUUUUGUUCGUUGGCGGAGUGCCAGAGACAACACCAUAUUACUGUGACUCGUGCGAUGAACAUGUCAAAACAAGCAUGCAAAAAUUACUUCAGUAUCCCUCUGUCAAAAAUCUUGACACCGAGGCCGAAGUUGUUGGUGCACUCCAGGAGCUGAACAUACAGCCAACUGCGAAGAACCUCUCACCCUGUCCAAUUCUCUAUGUCCACCGCAUUGACGCUCCUAAUAAGGUCGACUAUUAUUGGGUGUAUAACUCGGACAUUUAUGCCGAUCAUGCGACGGAAGCCUCUAUCAAAGGGAAGGGAAUACCGUACGAGCUCGAUGCAUGGACGGGUGUGAUUACACCCAUUGUGAACUACACCACUUCUGGUGACCGAUUCAACAUCUGGGUCGAGCUUCGAUCAAACCAAUCGACGAUUGUGGCAUUUGCUCCCAGGGGAUUCUUCUCUGACGUCAAAGUUCCCGACAUUCAUGUUGUGAAAACCGAUGUGGAGUACCUGAACUACUCCGCUAGUAGCAACGCCCUAAUUGCUCGCUCAUCUUCCACGGCUGAUCAGGAAAUUGUCCUUAGCAACGGCAAAAAGUUCACUUUGGAAAGCUCUGACAAUUUGAUGAAGCCCUCGAGGCUCGGUCCAUGGAAUUUGACUGUUCAAGACUGGCUGCCAAACCCCUCUCCAUGGACCAACUACACGUCAACCUUCAAGUACCACACGCUCACACUGGAUAACUUGAUUCCUUGGUAUAAUAUCACCGGCCUCCAAAGCACCUCAGGGAUUGGGACAUACACAACCAAAUUCACAUGGAAUCCCAACUCUGCAACCAGCGGUGCCUUGCUAGACCUGGGCCCAGUCUUCCACACCAUCAGAUUAUGGAUCAAUUCUCAAUGGACGGGUCCUAUUGACGUAACAGACGCCAUUGUUGAUAUAACACCAUUCUUGAAAGAUGGAUCGAAUGACGUGAAAAUUGAGGUUUCGUCUACUCUUCGCAAUCGACUGCUCCAGGUGAAUGUAACACAAUCCUGGGAGCAGGCCCAAUACUCAAGCACCUAUGGGCCUCAGCCCUACGGCUUGACUAGUCCUGUGACUCUGAUCCCCUUCGUAGAGAAGGUUAUUUCGCUUGAAUGA